UCAUAUGUUCUCCAGACGCUCUACUCUACAAUAUCUACACUCUGCCUCCCGACAUCAUGGGGGGACGUAGACACUUCCCACAUAAGUUAUCGCAUUGGAACCAAUUCUGACGCUCAGCAUUUGAAUUAUGAGAGGGGAGGAAGCAAUCCGAGUAUGGGAAUCGACAUAGAAGCGAACGCAAGUUUAAACGAACAUGAUGAGGUUCAAUUGAUAGUUUACAGAAAACGUCAUACAGAAGUUACCCAACCUUAUAUAGAAUCAUUGUAUUCAUCUCCGAAGACACCCAGAGUACAAUUUGACAAGAUGGUUGAUGAUGUCCCGAUUCUACGAUCGAUAACGGUCAAGUCCCACACAAAAAUUUAUAAACAAAAAGUCGCAAUAACCGAUACGACCACCUUCGCAGAUGUAAUUUCGUUUGCUCUUAAAUCUCCACCACCAGGUAAACAAUUUGUCAUCUUCGCCGCUGAUGGUUCGGUUGAGUAUAUGCCUACCAAUGUGGUGAGAGACGUCAUCGUUGACGUUGAGCACGCAGAAGUCUUGGUCUCUUUGGAAAACGCUAGAGACGUUGAUUUUGGCGAAUUUUACAUAAAAGAGCAUACAUAUACAGAAGGUCAAAUGCCUACGACUACGAAUACUAUAAACUACGGAAAUGCUGGAGGCUAUGUAUUAUAUCAAGGAACUGUUAGCUACCCAUCUUAUUUAACCCUGGCAUCCUUCUCUGCGCUGGACGUUGAAGAUGUCAUCUGUCGGACCAAGCCAUCAUACAUUUUUAUGCAAACUUCACUUUCAACUAACAAUUCUGACAUAACCAAUGAGCCCACUAACCCUGAAUAUUUCCAACACUUUAAUAAUUAA